AUGGUUUAUUCAAUACUAACUGUCGAUUCUUCUAAUCUCAAAUUAGAUCCACUCAUAAACUCUUUAAGAAUAGUGGGGGAUAUUAUACUCUCGGUAUCCAGUAUAGGAGACACAUUAUCUUUAGAAACAUUCCUUCAAAAGUAUCCGCUUCAAAAUUACUGGGUGCAUUCCAACAUUUCGAAUAAUGAAUCCUUAGAACUUCAAACAAUUGUAAGAAUUCUAGAUUCGGGUGCCGCAAAAGUAGUGAUACCUGCUUCUACUUUGUUAAAAGAGAAACAACUAUUUAGUGAAAUAUCGUCAGAAAGACUUGUCGCGAGCAUUCCUGUUUCAAGUACUUCCGAACAAAGUAUCCGUGAUUUGUCUGGACUGGUUUCUAGUUUUGUAAUUAUUGUAGAACAAGAAAAUGUAGCUUUCGAAAAUUUUAUUAAAACUCUAGAAAAUUUUAUUAAAUUGGCGGCAUCGCAUCAAAAUAUUACUGAUGGUAAUAUACCCGCGAAAUUCGUGGUGAUUUUGCCUCAAAACUUUAAAUAUUCACUUGAAGCAAUUCGCCAAAUUUCAUCAAUUGGGGCAGAUUUAACUAUUCCUUUUGAAAAUCUUUCGCUUGACUCGUCAUCUGAUUCCACAACAAUUAAUAUAGCAGAUGUAUUAUCAUGUCAGCUAACAUCAGAUCGAUCAGAUGGUUUGUUCACGACCAUUGUCGUGGAUGAGAGGAAUAUGGCAUUAGGUGUAGUUUAUUCCUCGGCAGAAAGCAUACGUGAAGCUGUAAAGACCGGGAAGGGAGUUUAUCAGAGUAGAAAAAGAGGCUUGUGGUAUAAAGGCGCCACUUCUGGGGCCACUCAGGACUUAAAAAAGAUAGAAGUCGAUUGUGAUGGCGACGCAUUGAAGUUUAUCGUGACUCAACACGGAAGUGGAUUUUGUCAUUUAAACACCCGGAGUUGCUUCGGCGCAGAUGUUGGACUGACUUCUCUCGAAAAAACUUUGCAAAGUCGAAAGAUUUCGGCACCAGUUGGUUCUUAUUCACAACGUCUUUUCCAGAACCCAGAUCUCCUUCGAUCAAAGAUUAUGGAAGAAGCCAAUGAACUUUGUUCGGCGACCUCAAAAGAAGAUAUUGCAUGGGAAGCGGCAGAUUUAAUUUAUUUUACUUUGGUCAAGUGUAUAGGAAAUGGCGUUUCAUUAGCAGACGUUGAGGCGCAAUUAGAUAAACGUGCAAAAAAAGUUACUCGACGUCCUGGAAAUGCUAAACCACAAUGGCAACAAUUAUCUGCUAAUGGCAAUGACGAAUCAAAGGUAAAGAAACUAAAUGGAAAUGAUAAUACAUCAUCGUCUAUACCCGUGUUUCCAACAAUUUCCAAAUCUGAAACUAUCAAAAUGCAACAUUUUCGAGCAUCGGAAAUUUCUUUGGAAAAAAGAUCGUUGCUACUUAUACGUCCUAUUAUACGAUCAGAUGACAUAAUGAGUAGAAUACAACCUAUUGUAGAAGAUGUACGAAAGAGAGGUGACACCGCAUUAAUUGAAUUUACUAUGAAAUUUGAUGGUGUUCAAUUAGAGACGCCUGUUAUUUCAGCUCCCUUUCCAGCCGAGGCUAUGAAAUUAGAUGAUGUAACACGUGCCGCUAUAGAUAAAGCCUAUGAUAAUAUAUAUAAAUUCCACGAAGCACAAUAUGAUCGGUCAACAUUAGUAGUGGAAACCAUGCCAGGAGUCACUUGUUCGCGAUAUAGUCGACCAAUUGAAAAAGUUGGUCUUUAUGUGCCAGGUGGAACUGCUAUUCUUCCAUCGACCGCUCUAAUGUUGGGGAUACCUGCCAAGGUCGCGGGAUGCAAAGAGAUUGUGAUUGCAAGUCCACCAAGAAAAGAUGGCACUGUGGUACCUGAAGUUUUGUAUGUUGCGCAUAAAGUUGGUGCAUCCAAAGUAGUAUUGGUUGGUGGUGCUCAGGUUGUUGCAGCUUUAGCUUAUGGCACUGAGUCUGUACCUAAAGUUGACAAGAUAUGUGGACCUGGCAAUCAAUAUGUUACCGCAGCAAAAAUGUUUGCACAAAACGAUAGUUCAGCCAUGGUUUCGAUCGACAUGCCAGCUGGACCUUCAGAAUUAUUAGUAAUAGCAGACAACUCAAGUAAUCCAGCAUACGUAGCAUCUGAUCUCCUAUCACAAGCCGAACAUGGAACAGACUCCCAAGUAGUUCUUGUCGCUGUAUCACUCACACAAGCACAUCUACAAGCAAUCAAAAACGAGAUUCACGAACAAGCUUCUCGUCUGCCGCGUGUUGACAUUGUGCGGGAAUCAAUUGGAAAAAGUUUUAUUUUAGAGGUGGAUAAUAUAGAAGAUGCUAUGCGCUUCUCCAAUGACUAUGCACCUGAGCAUUUGAUUUUACAUCUAGAGAACGCAGAACAAUGGGUGGAGAAGGUAGACAAUGCUGGCAGUGUCUUUGUCGGUUCUUAUUCACCUGAAAGUUGUGGAGAUUACGCAUCAGGCACUAAUCAUACUUUACCUACGUACGGUUACGCACGGAUGUACUCUGGCGUCAACACUUUAACCUUUGUUAAACACAUCACCACACAACAAUUAACUAAAGAUGGAUUGAAUCUAUUGGGUGAUACAGUUAUGCGAUUGGCCGAAGUGGAAGGGUUAGAAGCGCAUCGUAAUGCUGUUGCUGUCCGAAUUAAGGAUAUUCGAUAA